UGGUCCCAAUGUGUACAGGAUUGUUUAGUCAUGGGGACUCAUCUCUACCUAGAUUUGCUUGUCCUGGCUGUUUUUGCAAUGACUGUUGCCAAUGCAGACAUCAACGUGGUCUGUGCAAACAACUCCGUGAGGGUGACAUGGAGGGUGAAUGCGGAGCUGGUGCCGUAUGCAGCUCGACUGUUUCUUGGAAACUGCAUGGCAUCUCAGUGGAAGGUUCUGCCCUCUGGAGAGGGGGAAGCACAGUUUAACUAUAUGUUUUCCGAGUGCAAGUUUACUAAAAUGGUAAAGGGAAAACGCAUAUUCUAUCAGAAUGAAAUGAGCUACAGGCCACAGACAAAGCCAAACCCUCCAGAUUUUGUGCAUCCCAUUGAAUGUGUUUACAGAAGACCCAAGGAUUGGAUUCCCCGAUUCGUGAACCCUGGAUAUGUGGUUUCCGAGGGUCACGGCAGGCUGGUCUUCCACAUGGCACUUCUCAAUGAGGAGCUAUCAAGCAUAGCAAAGACGAACAUCAUUCCUCUGGGCUCCCCCAUGCCAAUAUGGGCAGCAGUGGAGCAGAAGUCUCAUCAGCCACUGCUGUUGCUCAUGGAGGAAUGUGUCGCAGCCCCCACAGCUGAGCUGCGGCCCGGCAGCCAGGUUUACCCAAUCAUUGGAAACAAGGGGUGUCUUUUAGAAAGCAAAAAAGAAAAUUCGAUGUUUCUGCCUCGGUACCACUCGUCUUCAAUCAUCCUCUACCUCCAGUCCUUCAACUUUGGUUUUAGAGAGGUGUACAUCCACUGUAAACUGGCUGUGUGGGAUCCUCAAAAUUUUACCGAAAGCAAGAAGGCCUGUCAUUAUAUAAAGGGAACUAACAGAUGGGAGCUGCUUGAUGACCCAUCCCGAAGCUCCCUCUGUAACUGCUGUGACUUGAGCUGCAAGUCUCGGUCCAGGAGGGGUGUUGAAUGGGCAUCAGACGGUCCGAGUCACAAUUCUGUGUUGGGACCCCUAAUCAUUGUGGACCAAUCUGACUUGAGGGACAGUGACACAAUGAUGGAGUCUGCCACUACAGCUGACCCACAGCUCAAAUAAGCUGUGCGACGAAGCUUGGUCAAAACGGAUAUCGACUGCAGUAUGACUGAAGGAUCUGAUGGCGGAUAACCUCCGAGGACGUCACGAUUGUGUGAUUUU